UCAAUCAAAUGACAGCCAUAUCUAGAUUAUGGGUCAGAUCAUCGGUUUUAAUCUGGUUGACUUUAGUGGAAUCCUUUCCCCGUUCUACCUUUGGAGAUCCAUAUCAGGAAUAAAUUCAUACCUUUACUGAUCCCGACAGACUGAGCGCUCCUCUGCAGCUUCACCUGCGUCUUUUGUCAGCGGAAAUACAGGACGAUGUUUAUUAGACGCUGAAACAAUUGACGGCCCGUUUGACAAGCCUUUAAAGAAAAUAAGGUUUUUCCACAACCAGGCUGUCAAACACUAGAUGAGAGGAGCAUAGAUGUGAUUCGUUUCCGACUGCGGGCGUUUAAGACAAAAACCUAUCCAAAUGAUGUCAGGAAAGCAUUUCAAGGCUCAUGAAGUGAGCUGCUGCAUCAAGUAUUUCAUCUUCGGAUUCAACAUAAUAUUUUGGUUCCUUGGAGUGGCGUUCCUCGGCAUUGGGUUGUGGGCAUGGAGCGAAAAGGGUGUUCUCUCCAACAUCUCCUCCAUCACAGACCUGGGGGGCUUUGACCCAGUCUGGCUCUUCUUGGUGGUGGGUGGUGUGAUGUUCAUCCUCGGAUUUGCUGGUUGCAUUGGAGCUCUGCGAGAAAACUCUUUCUUGCUCAAAUUUUUCUCUGUGUUCCUGGGUAUCAUCUUCUUCCUGGAGCUGACUGCAGGAGUCCUGGCCUUUGUCUUCAAAGAUUGGAUCAAGGACCAGCUCAAUUUUUUCAUUAACAACAACAUCCGGGCCUACAGAGACGACAUUGAUCUGCAGAACCUGAUAGACUUUACCCAGGAAUAUUGGGAGUGUUGUGGAGCGUUUGGAGCUGACGACUGGAAUUUGAACAUCUACUUCAACUGUACUGAUUCCAACCCAAGUCGUGAGAAAUGUGGAGUGCCCUUUUCCUGCUGCACCAAAGAUCCAGCAGAGGAUGUCAUCAACACUCAGUGUGGCUACGACAUCCGAGCAAAAACGGACUCUGAGCAGCGGAACUUCAUCUAUAUCAAAGGAUGCGUUCCUCAGUUUGAGAAGUGGCUUCAAGAAAACCUGACAGUGGUGGCAGGCAUCUUUAUAGGGAUUGCAUUACUACAGAUUUUUGGCAUCUGUUUAGCACAAAAUCUUGUGAGCGACAUUGACGCCGUGAGAGAGAGCUGUUUGUUUACCUAAGACCUCCACAGAAUCUCCAAAGGCAAGAAGGAUGUACCAGGACUCUGUUUUUUGGACGCCAGCGACGAAAGGGAAAUAAAUGAAUCCGCUAAUGCAUCCAGAACGAAGAGUCUCCUUCACAUGUAAAUAGCAAAGGUUAUUUUUAGACUUAUUUGAGGCCCUAUUUCUGAAUGAAGCACCAGCUCUAAAAUGUAUUGUAGUUCUCACACAGUACAAAAUAAACAAAUGCAAUGUAAAUGCUUUACAGUAAAAACAGCCAUGAUGGUGAAUGGUGGCUCAAAGUCUCAGUUCAGCUUUCUUUAGUUUGUAAGCCUGUAAAGGAGGAGGGGAAAGGGUCGCAACUUGUAAACAGGACAAAUGAUGGUAGAUUGGAUGUUUUUAUCAGAGGCAGUGCUUCAUUCAGAAAAGAAUUGGUUUUCUAUGUCUCACAGCUGCAGUUUUUAACACUGCAUGGAAGGGUUGUGUACAAAGAUAUAAAAGUGAUUCUGGAAAUGCACUGCAUGCCUAUUGUCUACUGGUAGGACAUUGGCUCCCCUAAAUGUAUUUCAACAAUGUAACGUAUUUUAAAAGUAUUUGUAAAAUAUUUACUAUAGUUUAGCGUGAAUCGGCUGGUUAGCACUUUUAUUAAAUGUUUAAUUGAAUCUACUUAAAGCGAUGGGGAAUUUUACUUUAGAUUAAUUUGUAUGUGUGACAUUAUGCUCAUAUUCUACAGGUACAUACAGUAUGUAAGGUGGAUAUAGUAACAUGUAGUAUCACAAUGGGAUAGGAUUGAUGCUGUAGGCUUGUCAAAGUGGCAGUUUGUCUGCCGAAGGUUUUGGCAGCGGCAUUUAAUCAAAAAUGUCUAAAUGUACUGAGAGAGACCAGAAGAUGUGGCAACCAAAUCUAAACUCAGCCUUAAGCACUUUAUUAUUCAUAUAAGAGUGAUUUGUGUCAUGGUGGAUUAUUUAAGUCAAGCAGCAUCCACUGGAGGGUGCACUUAAAAGUGUGCGUCUGUAACUUCAUGGGGCUCCAUAGUGUCAGACCAUUUUUACAAAAAGCAGUUUGACAGAAAACGUUUAUUUUAGCACACUAUGCGUGCUGUGCCAUUCCUUGCACAUUACCUUACUUUCAGUGUUCAUUCAGUGAUUUUCCUCUGUCCUUUUAGUUGUUGCCGAUGUGUUUCAUUAAUGGAAGCUGCCUAAUUAAUUAGAUACCUUUUGUUUGUUGUGUUAGAUAUUUUUGAUCUGUAAGUUUUCACUGGAAAAUUAGGAUACAAGCUAUUUUCAAAGCACAUGAACCCAUGCUGGUGCUGCUUGGUGGAACUGACCUGAACGUAGAAAUGAUUCAUAGCCUACAUACACAUACAUUACUUGAAAGUAGAGCACUCAGUGCUCUCUCACCAGCAUUAUUUUAAAUGCAAACUUUGGAACUGAGAUACAACUCAUAUUAUGCUCUUUUUUCUAGACAUUCUAGACUGAAAGCAUAUCAUUUUGUAUCAACCCAUAGAACUGUACAGCAUGAAAGUAAAAGCAGCCGAUUUAUGUAAAGGCGGUAUGAACCCGCAGUUUGUUACAUAGCUUUUCCUUUGCAGUCAAAUAUUCUGCAGCCUUGGUUAAUGAAUUGAACAUUGCUUUACAAAUAUAUUGUGUAAACACACAUAUAUUUAAAUCGUAUAGUAAGAUCCCUUUUUCCACUAAAAGCCUCAUAUGAUUGUUGUUGACUGAUCACACUUUUUCUUACCACUCAGUGCCAUAUUUGUGAAUUAUACAUACUCCUGAUUAUAGCUUUUUUUCCCUGUGUACUCCUGAUUCUUGUAAAUACCUGGGUCGUGACAAGUUGUAAAUAUAUAUCUGAAUAAAUGUGGGCCUUUGUAAA